AUGUCAGUUCUCUUGGAGACCAGUGAAGGCGACAUUGUCAUCGAUCUUCUGGUCGACCAUGCACCCAAGCUUUGCGAAAACUUUCUGAAGCUUUGCAAGGCCAAAUACUACAACUUCUCACCUGUUCAUUCUGUUCAGAAGAACUUCUCUUUCCAAACCGGCGAUCCUCUCGGCCCUCUUUCCAAAGAAUCCGAUGGCGGCUCUUCAAUAUGGGGUCACAUAUCCGGCGACCCCUCGAAACGAACAUUUCCGGCCUUCUUCCACCCCAAGUUGAAACACUUGGAGCGAGGAACAGUCAGCAUGGCUACUGCGCCCCUCCAGUCCGAUCCUGAUACACGUGUGGCUGGAUCUCAGUUCAUUGUCACAUUAGGCGAAGACACAGACUAUUUGGAUGGUAGGGCAGCGGUCUUUGGAAAGGUUGUCGAAGGUUUUGAAGUGCUGGACAAGAUAAACGAGGCGAUCGUGGACGAGAAGGGCUACCCGCUUAUCGACAUCCGAAUCAAGCAUACGGUUAUUCUGGACGAUCCCUACCCUGACCCGCCUGGCUUGAGGGAGCCGAGCUCGAGUCCCCCUCCGACCGCCCAGCAGUUGAAGACUGUUCGAAUCGAAGAUGAGGCAGCAUUACACGCAGAUGACGGUGUCGACGAGGAAGAGUUGGAAAGGAGGCGUCGCAAUCGCGAGGCACAGGCACAAGCCCUCACUCUGGAAAUGAUGGGAGAUUUGCCAUUUGCAGAGGUCAAACCCCCGGAGAACGUUUUAUUCGUCUGCAAAUUGAACCCUGUGACUGGCGACGAAGAUUUGGAGCUCAUCUUUGGCCGUUUUGGCAAGAUUUUGAGUUGCGAAGUUAUCAGAGAUCAAAAGACUGGCGACAGUUUACAAUAUGCAUUCAUCGAAUUUGAAGACAAGGCGUCAUGUGAGACAGCCUACUUCAAGAUGCAGGACGUUCUCAUCGACGAUCGCCGCAUUCAUGUGGACUUCUCUCAGAGUGUCAGCAAACUGAGCGAUGUGUGGCGAAAGGACACGAACAGCAAGCGAAGGGCGACUGCUCAUCGAGGCGGAUGGGGAGGUGUCGAUGAGCUCGAGAAGCGCCGACAAUACCGAGAUGAGGGAGAAAGGAUUACGGGUGAUUGGGGCGCAGUGGACAGAACCAGGAGAAGGAUGAUGUACCUCCUCCAAGACCCCAUGGUGAUGAAGGGCCAUCACGUCGACGAAGCCGCAGUCGGAGUCCGCGGCCAAGAGAUCGAAGUCGGGAUCGAUAUCGCAAACCACGAGAUGACCGUCAAGGCGACCGGCGCGAUAGAGAUCAAGAUAGAAACCGAUAUCGGGAUCGUGGCCAUGACCGUCGAGACCGAGGUAGAGAAAGGGAUCGAUAUGGACGGGACGAUUAUGAUCGCAGGUCAAGGAGAUAAGGAAGGACUGGUGGAUUGCAAAACGCAUCACAGCAGUGCAACGCUCACAAGCACUGGCGCAUUGAGGCGCAAUACCAUUGACGGCAAGCGUUCAGCGUUACUCUGCGAUGCAACAGCUUCAGCUAAUUUUAAUACGGAAUGCAUCGCACGGCAUUACACGAAAAUGGAAUAUCCCCACAACACGAGUUUGACAGCUACCUUGACAGAGAACCUCGUUGAAUUCAAUGCUUUACUUCGUGAUAUGCAAACACCAACUUCCUCUCAUCUCACAUACGGUCCUUCACCGGAGCAUCUGCCCCAAGCAACGGAAGACAAUGUGGGCUGCUCAGUUGAGCACGUACUGAACACCGUCUACGCAUGA